AAAAAACUGUUUUUCACGCCUUCCCUUAUACUCUCUGCUCAGUGCUCAGUCCAAUCUCAGAUUUAACACCACGGCCCAACCCCAACCGCAACCAGAUCCAAAAUUCCUCUAAUUUUCUCGGGAAACAAACAGCCUCAUAUUUUCCUGAGAAAAUAACAAAGAAAAGAUCAAAAUUCAUCAUUGAAUCUCCCCAUGGCGAAUGCCUGGAAAAGAGACAGAGGCUCGAAGCUCGUCUCCGCCAAAUCCCUCUUCCUUCUCAUCUCCGCCACUCUCCUCCUCAUUUUCUUCCUCUUCUCCACCUCCUCAAACCCUAACCCUAACCCUAGUUCUUCCAACAUCGCAAUCAAAUCCGAAUUUCCAUUCCUCGCAAUACAGCCCUUUGAUUGCCUCAAGUGCCCUCAAUCCCACCCCGUGAUCGCCAACGUCGUCGAAGGCCUGAAACACCCAUUCCUCUACUCGCUCGCCGACUUGGGAAAUCUCCCGGAGAAGCCGCACAAGAACAUCGUGAGGAUGCUGAAAGGAAAGCCCUUUCGGAAGCCCGACAUAUCGGAGACGAUUCAGGGAAUUCUGAGCGGUUCACGAGGCCUUGUGGUUGAUGUUGGAGGCAAUGUCGGCAUGGCGAGCUUCGCCGCCGCGGUUAUGGGAUUUCGGGUUCUGGUUUUGGAGCCCGUCUUUGAGAAUCUGCAGAGGAUUUGCGAUGGGAUUUACUUGAAUCGGGUUGGGGAUUUGGUUACUGUCUUUGAAGCUGCUGCUUCCGAUCUUCUUGGUAACAUUACCUUCCACAAGUUGGUUGGUCGGCUUGACAACAGUGCGGUUUCAGCCACUGGUGCGAAGUUGGCGUUCAAGUCAAAUGAAGAAAUAGAACUUCAAGUGAGGUCCGUACCUCUUGAUGAAGUAAUCCCAGAGUCAGAACCUGUGCUCCUAAUCAAAAUUGAUGUUCAGGGUUGGGAAUAUCAUGUUCUUAAAGGAGCAUCCAAGUUACUGUCAAGAAAGGGAAGUGAGGCCCCAUAUCUUAUAUAUGAGGAAGAUGAGCGGUUGUUGCAGGCUAGUAAUAGCAGUACAAAACAGAUUCGAGAUUUCCUUCACACUGUGGGAUAUAACCACUGCACUCAGCAUGGUACAGAUGCGCAUUGCACCAAGAAGGAUUCACAUAAAAUUCUUUACGAAAGAAUUCAACACGAAACUAGAACCUAAUCUGUGAUCAUUGUGGGUUCAAAAAAGCUCUCUGUGUGGCAGAAACAGUCGCACAAAUGAUUAUUGAUAUUGUUUAUAUUCUUUUUUCCAUGAGUGCAUGGAGAAGUUUGUCAAAGUCUCAAAGAUAACACUGAUGCUGCUUUAAGACGAUCACAGAUAUGGAGGCAUAGCAUUCGAAGGCAAGCAUCUCAGAUGCUCGGAGAAACAUAUGUUUUGAAAAGGCUUCUUGUUUUGCUCACAAAGCUAUGUUGGAUAGCUUGCUAACUAGUUUUGUCUUUGUAUUGUAAGAUGUACUUGGAAGCUUCUAAUUGUAAUAUUCUUUGAAAUCUGGAUUGGUCCAGCUAUGCGUUAUGAAAGUUUCAUCCAAAU